GGGGAUUACGGCUCGGGACGGAGCCCUGCUGGCUUCUGCCCCGGAAGUUUUUCUGUCAGAGAAGCGCGCACGUUGAGCCGGCUUUACCGCUGCUUCUCUCAGGCUGCCUACGGAUCAUGUCGUCCAAAAAGAACAGAAAACGGCUAAACCAAAGCGCCGAGAAUGGUUCUUCCUCGGCAUCUGCUGCUUCCUUUCCUGCAGGGGCCACAGCUUCUGCCGUGGCGGCCGGGACUCUGGUGGUGAUUAACUUCUUAGAAAAGGAUGACAAAGUUCCUAAAGCAUUCCAGAAUUCUCUUGUUCAACUUGGACUCAAUACCAUGAAGUCUGCAAAUAUUUGUAUCGGUCGACCAGUGUUGCUUACCAGUUUGGAUGGAAAGCAGGAGGUCUAUACGGCCUGGCCUGUGGCAGGAUUUCCUGGAGGCAAGGUUGGCCUGAGUGAAGUGGCACAGAAGAACGUGGGUGUGAGGGUUGGUGAUGCCAUCCAUGUCCAGCCUGUUUUGGGUGCUGUGCUGCAGGCUGAGGAAAUGGACGUGGCUCUCAGGUUUGGCUGUUGUUCAUGUGACAAAAAUGCAGAUAUUAAUGAAGAACAACUGGCUGGUUGUAUUUUGAGAAAACUAGAUGGCAAGGUGGUUUUACCAGGCAACUUUCUGUAUUGUACAUUCUAUGGACGACCAUGCAAGCUGCAAGUGUUGCGAGUGAAAGGGGCAGAUGGCACAAUGUUGAGAAGGGCUCAGAAUGACUCUGACACUGCUGCCCGGGGAAUGGCCUCUGAGCUGUCCAGCCGAGAUCCCAGCACCCUGGAUAUAUCCUUACAGCUAAGCCAGUUAGAUCUGGAAGUGCCCCGACGGCCGGCAUCAAGUAGUACUCCUUACAGACCAGUAGAUGACAGAAUGAUGGAUAAAGCUGGUGGCAUUUUGUCAGAUGGUACACAGAGUCCUGGGAAUGGCAGUGGACUUGGAUUAGAGGAAGUCACAGGGCUUGCAUGUAGUUUUGAGUCUGCCAGGGAAGGAAGUGAGCAACCUGUUGAUGAAGAGAGAUUACUGAAGUCACCCAGCGUGGGAGCACAGAGCAACACCGAUACCUUUUAUUUUAUUUCUUCAAAAACAAGAGUCAAUUUUACAAAGAACCGUACAAAUUCAAAAGAUCAAGCCAACCAAUUAAAAGUAACUUAUGACAUGAUAGGUGGCUUAAAUAGUCAGCUGAAAGAAAUUAGAGAAAUUAUUGAAUUACCUCUCAAACAGCCUGAGCUUUUCAAGAGUUAUGGAAUUCCUCCCCCUAGAGGAGUGUUACUCUAUGGUCCUCCGGGUACUGGAAAGACAAUGAUUGCCAGGGCUGUUGCUAAUGAAGUUGGUGCCUAUGUUUCUGUAAUUAAUGGCCCUGAAAUUAUAAGCAAAUUCUACGGGGAGACGGAAGCAAGAUUACGUCAGAUAUUUGCUGAAGCCACUCUGAGGCACCCAUCAAUUAUUUUUAUUGAUGAGCUGGAUGCACUUUGCCCUAAAAGAGAAGGGGCUCAGAAUGAAGUGGAAAAAAGAGUUGUAGCUUCACUCUUAACACUGAUGGAUGGUAUUGGUUCAGAAGGAAGUGAAGGACAGGUGUUGGUUCUUGGGGCCACAAAUCGCCCUCAUGCAUUGGAUGCUGCACUCCGAAGACCCGGACGGUUUGAUAAAGAGAUUGAGAUUGGAGUUCCAAAUGCUCAAGACAGGCUGGAUAUCCUCCAGAAACUGCUUCGAAGGGUACCUCAUUUACUCACAGAAUCUGAACUGCUACACCUGGCAAAUAGUGCUCAUGGAUAUGUUGGAGCAGACUUGAAAGCCUUGUGUAAUGAAGCAGGUCUUCAUGCCUUGCGGAGAGUCUUGAGGAAACAGCCUAACCUCCCUGACAGCAAGAUGGCUGGAUUGGUGAAGAUUACUCUGAAAGAUUUCUUGGAAGGGAUGAAUGACAUCAGACCCAGUGCCAUGAGGGAGGUAGCAGUCGAUGUCCCAAAUGUAUCCUGGUCAGAUAUAGGAGGACUGGAAAAUGUCAAGCUGAAACUGAAACAGGCUGUGGAAUGGCCCUUGAAACAUCCUGAGUCUUUCACCCAAAUGGGUAUUCAGCCACCCAAAGGAGUUCUUUUGUAUGGGCCACCUGGAUGCUCUAAAACAAUGAUCGCAAAGGCUUUGGCCAAUGAGAGUGGACUGAAUUUCCUGGCUAUAAAGGGGCCUGAAUUAAUGAACAAGUAUGUUGGUGAAUCUGAAAGAGCAGUUAGAGAGAUCUUCCAGAAGGCAAGAGCCGUGGCUCCUUCCAUUAUUUUCUUUGAUGAACUUGAUGCCUUAGCAGUUGAAAGGGGCAGUUCUUCAGGUGCUGGGAAUGUAGCUGAUCGUGUCUUGGCUCAGCUCUUGACGGAAAUGGAUGGCAUUGAACAGUUAAAGAACGUGACAAUCUUGGCAGCUACCAAUCGUCCAGAUAGGAUAGACAAGGCUUUGAUGCGGCCUGGAAGAAUUGAUAGAAUCAUCUAUGUGCCUUUACCAGAUGCAGCAACAAGAAGGGAAAUACUUAACCUGCAGUUUCACUCUAUGCCAAUCAAUAACGAGGUUGAUCUGAAUGAACUCAUUCUCCAAACAGAUACGUAUUCAGGAGCAGAGAUCAUAGCUGUGUGUAGAGAGGCAGCCCUGCUGGCUCUGGAAGAAGACAUUGCAGCCAACUGCAUUAUGAAAAGACACUUUACUCAAGCCCUGAGCACCGUGACACCCAGACUUCCUGAAUCAUUGAGACGUUUCUAUGAAGAUUAUCAAAAGAAGAGUGGGCUGCAUACACUCUGAGAGAAUAUGCACAUUCAUUAUGCUAAAAAUCCUUCGUAGAGAAAGAUUGUUUCAAAAUAGUGUCAAAGUAGGCUUUAAUAAGUGAAAUGUCUGAAAUAUGUUGACCAGAUUGAGGGGCUUCCAUUCUUACAGACAUUUUAAGUCAUAUGGUUGCAAUGAAAAUAUCCAUGAAAAUCUCUGGACAAGAGUUAAAAUUAGUUUUAUCUAGAAAUGUGUGCUGAGUUUUAAAAAUCAAACUUUUGUAUUUUCAUUAUUGAUCUGGUUUAUUCCUCCCGUGGUGCUUUCCUUUCUUCAGAAUCCAUUUCAGUGCUUUUCCAAAAAACAGAACUGUGGGCAUCAGUUUUAUACAUGAACAUAGAAAAUGCAUGUGGUUGAAAGCACGGUUUAAAAUAUUCACAAAUCUUUAAUUUUGAAGGCCAGCGCAUGAAAUGGCUAAAUGCUCCAGCCAGGCUUAUGUGAUCUUGUUUCCCAUUACAUAUUUAUUCUCAUAAUUCAUACAUACAUUUUUGGCAUUAGCCUUCUUAACCUGUACUCGUGGCAAUGAAACAAAGAAUUGAGAGUUAUUUCAUACACUAUAAUGCCCUUUGAAAGUUUAAAAAAUUGAAAAUAUAAGCUCAGUCCAGGUCUAGAGAAGUACUUGCUUUUUUUUUUUUUUUUUUCAUGAAAAUACUAUAAAUAAACUAUAUGAGGUGUUCCUGUUUUAACUUGUACACAUUUCCAGGUUACCAAUAAACUUUUUC